GAAGACAUAGUAAUAAUAAGUAAAAAAAAUAGAACCAGAGAUUAUUACCGUUAUACCACACACUCAGAGGCUCAGAGGCUCAGAGCUUAGCUACUCUUCAAUUCAAUACUACAAUCUUUCUUUCAUUCACACCGCAUCUCCAUCUCCAAUUCCUCUCUCAUCUAACUUUCCCAUCUCUCUUUUCUCCAUAUUUGUAUAUAUAAACCCAAUCUCUCACACACCUAUUUCUCAGAUUUUCCAUGGCGACGCUACCACAAUCCAUCACCAUCUCUUCUCUUUCCAAUCUCAGACCGUCCCUCCCGCCGGCGCUCACGUCUUCUUCUGCGCUUUCCCUUUCUCGACGCCGGAAACCUGGCUUUUUUCCCGGAUUCUCCGGCCUCAGGAUCCAAUUGCCUUCGAGCCGAUCCGUCUCUUCGUUGAGCUCCAGAAAACCUAGGGCUCUUCGCCCAAGUGGUCACAUCGUUUGCGAAGCUCAGGACACUGCUCUUGAUGUUCCCACUGUGACCGAUGCUACAUGGCAAUCACUUGUCCUCAAGGCUGAUGGGCCUGUUCUGGUUGAGUUUUGGGCUCCAUGGUGUGGGCCCUGCCGUAUGAUCCACCCCGUGAUUGAUGAACUAUCAAAGCAAUAUGCUGGGAAGCUCAACUGCUUCAAGUUGAAUACUGAUGAUAGUCCUUCAAUUGCAACCCAAUACGGAAUUCGAAGCAUCCCAACAAUCAUGAUCUUCGUCAAUGGUGAGAAGAAAGAUGCAGUAAUUGGCGCUGUGCCCAAAACCACACUAACUGCCAGCAUCGAGAAAUUCUUGUAGGGGCGGGUUUGAAAUGUCUUUCUCGAUUCCGCUUUAUUCUUUUGAAAGUUUUUUUCAUGUUUAGUUUGAAAAUCUCUUACCUUUUUGUAUAAUUUUGGAAGCUUCAUGUAUCAGGUUUUCUUUUGAUGAUAAAUAUUCAUGUUUUGUGAGUGA